AUGAAGUUCUUAAACCUUCUUCUCGGUGCCGCCGUGGCCGGUGCGAGCGUGGCGGCUCCGGUUGCUAACGCUUCGACGCCAGACACUAAUACGGACAAACGAGCAAGCAAGUUCAGGUUUGUAGGCGUCAAUCAGUCCGGCGCCGAGUUUGGCAAGGACACUCUCCCCGGGCAGCUCGGCAAGCACUACACUUGGCCUUCAAAGUCAAGCAUUGAUACUCUCAUUGGCAAGGGGAUGAAUACGUUUCGCGUUGCAAUCAUGAUGGAACGGCUCAUCCCGAACAAAAUGACCGGCAACGUCGACGCCGCUUAUGCCCAAGGCCUCACUGAUAUUGUCUCGCACAUCACCAACAGGGGUGCUUAUGCCGUGAUUGAUCCACACAACUUUGGGCGGUACUAUGAACAAGUCAUCACCGACGUCGACGGCUUCAAAGCCUGGUGGACGACCACUGCCGGGAUGUUUGCCAAUAACGACAAGGUCAUUUUCGAUACCAACAACGAGUACCACGACAUGGACAACUUGCUUGUCUUCCGGCUCAACCAAGCCGCCAUUGACGGCAUCCGCGCAGCAGGUGCCACGUCACAGCUGAUCUUUAUCGAAGGCAACUCAUGGACGGGGGCUUGGACAUGGGUCUCCUCGGGCAACGGCGCCGCCCUGCUCAACCUCAAGGACCCCGCCAGCAGCAACACGGACAAGCUCGUCUACGAGAUGCACCAGUACCUCGACCGCGACGGCUCCGGCACGUCGGAGACCUGCGUCUCGGCCACCAUCGGGCAGGAGCGCGUCCGCGAGGCGACGGCCUGGCUCAAGGCCAACGGCAAGAAGGCCAUCCUCGGCGAGACGGCGGGCGGCGCCAACGCGCAGUGCAUCGCUGCCCUGACGGGCAUGCUCUCCUACAUGGCGAGCAACUCGGAUGUGUGGACGGGGUGGUUGUGGUGGGGCGGCGGGCCCUGGUGGGGGAAUUAUAUGUUUUCUCUGGAACCGCCGAGCGGGGUUGCAUAUGAGAGGGUGCUGCCGAGCUUGCUGCCUUAUUUCUGAGAUCGAAACUGCAGAGAGACGAUAAUCGGCUGAGAGCCCCUGGAGGAAUGGAAACGUGGGGGUAGGAGUGAAGCGAGGAAGUAAGGUCAUUAAGUGCCUGCCUGCCUGGGUGCUUGGGUACCUUAGGUAGGCGGCCUGUCUCAGCGGAAGAAACUCGAACUCUUUGGCAUCUGUAUAUUGCAGCUAACUUGUUUAUUGUUCGGGAAGCAACUGGAAAAUGGAAGCUUCCCCAUAAGAAAGAGCGCAGCCGACGCGCCUUACCCAACAGGGCAGACUCUCAAGAGAUACUGUAGAAAUCCGUCCAGUGUGGAUGGGAUCAAUGAGCGCGUCUCUCGUCCAAAAUGUAACCCUUUUUUAAAGAGGUAGACAAGUUGGUGGAGUUUUACCGCCGUCCUUCGAAGUAGGGUUGUGGUAUCCCAAGCGUCGCGUUUAUUGAUCG